AGGCUGGUUGUAGUUUUUUCUGUGGUAGAUGCAUGUGGUGUAGAAGUUCGCCCUCCAUGCCCCAUACACUGCCCCAGAUACUUUUUCUGAAGCGAUGUGGGUAACAGCGGGCCCCGUUAGUAUAGAAACGCCUUUGUCCCGCUUCGUUCUUCAUUUUAAAGAGAGGCAAGAACUCCUGGAUUUGACUCGUCUUUAACGGGACCAGCGGGACUUUGACAGCGGGGCACAAGGAGUCGCCAUCGAUUAAAAAAUGGAGUUUCACGAAGGGGCCGCAGCAACAGGCGACGGCCUACUGGACUUUUCACGCCUGAAUCUUAGCACUUUGAAUGCUGAUGCUGUUAGCGACGAGAGAAAAAAUGACACAAAGCAAAUGUAUCUAAACAACAAUCGGUUGGUCUCUCUGCCCUCCUCUAUUUACCUUUUCAGCAACCUCGAGUUUUUGGACAUUAGCAACAACGGACUGACGAGCCUGUGCGAGGGCAUCACACGGCUAACCAAGCUAACAACACUGCUAGCCAAGAACAACCGACUGGACGAGUAUUCACUGCCCAAAGAGUUUGGCUCUUUGCCUCUGGAGGUGCUGAACUUCAGUGGCAACAGAUUUGAGGAGAUCCCUCUUCAGUGCACCCAAAUGCUGCGUCUGCAGUCGCUUUCACUCGGUGGAAACAGACUCAAAAGUAUCCCCCCUGAGAUAGAAAACCUGACAAGUCUAGAGCUGCUGUAUCUGGGAGGUAACCUCAUCAAUGCCAUUCCUCCUGAAGUGGCUAAUCUGCCUUUCCUUACGUACUUGGUUCUCUGCGAUAACCGCAUUCAAAGUGUACCCCCACAGCUCACCAGGCUGAACUCUCUGCGAUCUCUGAGUCUACACAACAAUUUGCUCACUUACCUGCCCCGGGAGAUACUCAGCUUGGUCCACCUGCAAGAACUAAGCCUUCGCGGCAACCCCCUGGUAGUUCGCUUUGUCAAAGAAAUGACCUAUGACCCACCUUCACUAUUAGAGUUGGCAGGACGUACCAUCAAGAGCAGAAAUAUACCAUAUUUUCCACAUGAACUGCCAGAUAAUUUGCUGCACUAUCUGGAUUUGGCCAGCAAGUGCCCUAACCCAAAAUGUGCUGGUGUGUACUUUGAUUCAUGUGUGCGUCACAUCAAAUUUGUGGACUUCUGUGGGAAGUACCGGCUGCCGUUGAUGCACUACUUGUGCUCCCCUGAGUGCACGUCCCCCUGCAGCUCCAACCCUCAGAGUGAUGCUGAGUCGGAGGAUGAGUCCAGUGUGCCAGCUGACCGGCUGCAGAGGGUGCUUCUGGGAUAGCGCCACACAACACUCACUAAAGUGUUCCCCUUAAAUACAUACUGGUGCUGUACUAACCAUUUAAGAUUGUAAGUUGUGCCUUACACUAGUUCCAAUCACUAUAUUAUAUGGACCUCAGGGGCUAUUUUUCAAGCUGUUAAAACUGUAGGUAUAAGCUAUGUGCUCGUGCAGAGCCCGGGAUUUGCCUAAAAGGCCCACAUGGGUGAGUAGGUACAAGAAUGCUUAUCUAGGCUCAUGCACAGGAAGUGACUGUAGGGUGGACCUGGGAAAACCAAGAAAGAACAAUGGCUGUAGUAUAUACAACACAGUGGCAACUAUAGAACACUAGAGUGGAAAUGGCUACUCCAUGUUUCUGAUCAGUACUAAACUCCCUGCACACACGAGAC